AUGUCCUGUCCAAUGCAACACAAAGGGCCCCUGAAUGAUGCUGUGGCUCCUCUUGAGUGGUUGCUGGGGACCUGGGAGUCAGCCGAACCCGGAGAGGGCACUUUCCCGACCAUAAAGCCUUUCCAUUACACAGAGACACUGCACUUCACACAUGUGGGGCAGCCAGUCAUUAACUUUAUGUUCAAUGCUUUUCAUAUUGAAACCAAGAAGCCUCUACACCGAGAGUCUGGCUUCAUACGCAUGAAACCUGGCACAAACCAUGUGGCAUUUAUUAAUGCACAAAAUACAGGUUUGGUUGACAUUGAAGAAGGGGAGCUAACUGAUAAUCAGCUGAACCUCGAGAGCUGUGCUUUGUCCAGGAUUUCUUUUGCUAAAGAUCCACAUGUCCAAAAGAUUUCUCGUGUGUUUUGUCUCCAGCCAGAUGGGAAGUUGGAACAGACCGUUUCUAUGGCGACACUCAACCAGCCACUAACACAGCACUUGCAUGUCACAUAUCAACGAACAUCCUGA